CGCUGGGAAAUCUGGCGGGCAGGAGGCGGCGGGAAGCAGCUGGCGGGCCGCGGCACCGGCAGCGGGAGGCGGCAGGAUGGUGAAACUGACGGCAGAGCUGAUCGAGCAGGCGGCGCAGUACACCAACGCCGUGCGGGACCGCGAGCUGGACCUCCGGGGGUAUAAGAUUCCUGUCAUUGAAAAUCUAGGUGCUACCUUAGACCAGUUUGAUGCUAUUGAUUUUUCUGACAACGAAAUCAGGAAACUGGAUGGUUUUCCUUUGUUGAGAAGACUGAAAACGUUAUUAGUGAACAACAAUAGAAUAUGCCGCAUAGGUGAGGGACUUGAUCAGGCUCUACCCUGUCUGACAGAACUCAUUCUCACCAACAACAGUCUUGUGGAACUGGGUGAUCUGGACCCUUUGGCAUCUCUCAAAUCACUGACUUACCUAAGUAUUCUGAGAAAUCCUGUAACAAAUAAGAAGCAUUACAGACUGUAUGUAAUUUAUAAAGUUCCGCAAGUCAGAGUACUGGAUUUCCAGAAGGUGAAACUGAAAGAGCGUCAGGAAGCAGAGAAAAUGUUCAAGGGCAAACGGGGUGCACAACUUGCAAAGGAUAUUGCCAGGAGAAGCAAAACUUUCAACCCAGGUGCUGGUUUGCCGACUGACAAAAAGAAAGGUGGGCCGUCUCCAGGGGAUGUAGAAGCCAUCAAGAAUGCCAUAGCAAAUGCGUCAACUCUGGCUGAAGUAGAGCGGCUGAAGGGCUUGCUGCAGUCUGGUCAGAUCCCUGGCAGGGAACGCAGAUCAGGCCCCACUGAUGACGGCGAAGAGGAGAUGGAAGAAGACACGGUCACAAAUGGGUCCUGAGCAGUAUGGCCUGAGUAUCUGCUGGAUGUAUACUAUGCCCACCGGGGACAAGUCCUGCUUUUUGAACUUGGAAUGACAGCCUUGUUUGUGUCAGCAAAGUGGAAUUGAAAUGUUGAAAUGCUUAAGACUGCUGCUGGUAAUUUUGUAAUAUUAUACAUUUUGAAAUCUAAAUGCUAAAUGCCAUUUUUUUACAAAUAGUAAAAAUACAAAGACAUUCGCUGUGCUGCCAAGUUGUCUGUCAUCGGGGCGGGGUGUGCAGUGAGGUGUUUGGACAUGUUUCAGUUGGAGAUGCCAGAGGGCACUGUUUCUAGGUAGGCUUCACAGGCCUCUUUAAAUAUUUAGAUUUUUAAAUUCUUAAUAAAACUGAAGAUUAUCUGUG